AUGCGGACGGCAUCCAUCGCAGCCGCCAUCUCGCUCGUCUCGUGGGCGCUCUGCUCCGAGCAGCGGCUGCUGUCCGAUGCCCGCUCCGAUUCCAGCGUCCGUUUCGGUGCCAGCAUUGGCAGCUCCAAGGGCAACCCGCCCGCGUAUCGGGAUGCCCUGCUCGAGCUGCACAAGGCACUUAUCGACAUCGAGUCAAUCUCGGGCAACGAGAAUGCAGUGGGGGACUUCCUCGCAGGCUACCUGUCCGACCGCGGAUACACGGUCGACCUGCAGGCCGUCGCAUCCUCCAAAGGCAGACCGGACAGGCCCGAGCGCUUCAACAUUCUUGCCUGGCAUGGCCGCGGUCGGCACAGCCCUCGGGUCGUCGUCUCGAGCCACAUAGACGUCGUCCCCCCCCACAUCCCUUACGGCAUCGAGGACGGCCCCGUCGACGAGAGCACGAUGAUCCGAGGCCGCGGCAGCGUCGACGCCAAAGGCUCCGUCGCCGCCAUGGUCCUGGCGCUCGACGAGCUCCUGCACAGGGACAAGGCGAUCCGCGACGAGGACGUCAUGCUCCUCUUCGUUGUCGGCGAGGAGGUGGGCGGCGAGGGCAUGAGGACCUUUUCCGAUUCCCUCGCUCGCAUGGACCAGCCGCCGAGCUUCGGCGCCGUCAUCUUCGGCGAGCCGACGGAGAACAAGCUCGCGUGCGGCCACAAGGGCGGCCUGUUCUGCGAGAUGACGGCCAAGGGCGUCCCGGGCCACAGCGGAUACCCUUGGCUGGGCAAGUCGGCCAACGAGCUCAUGGUGCGCGCCCUGGCCAAGAUCCUCGACGCCGACCUCGGCAGCUCCGAGCUCUUCGGCAACACCACCUUCAACAUCGGUCGCUUCGACGGCGGCGUGGCCGGCAACGUCAUUCCCGAGCACGCCCUCGUCAAGAUGGCGGCGCGCGUCGCCGUCGGACCCGAGAAGACGGGGUCGAAUCUCGUGCGGAGCAAGAUCGAGGCCAUCCUGAACGACGUCGACCCCGACGCCUUUCACCUCGACUGCACGCACGGCUACGGUUCCGUCGAGUGCAGCUGCGACGUUGCCGGUAUUCCGACCCCCCCUUGCCCGCGUGGUGGAGGGGAAAAUGUGCUGACUGUGCUCUCAGGAUUCGACACCAUCGUCGUCAAUUACGGCACGGACAUCCCCAACCUCGCCGGAGACCACAGGCGAUACCUGUACGGUCCGGGAAACAUCCUCGUCGCCCACGGCGCGCGGGAGAACCUGACGGUGGGCGAUCUCGAGACGGCCGUCGAGGGCUACAAGAAGCUCAUCCUGCAUGCCCUGAAGGAAUAG